UUUGAUGUGUCAAGAAAACAAGUGCGAGUUUGUCAAGUUUGGUCUUUUCCGAUUGUAUAGUUAAUUUUGUUGUUAAUUAUUUAAUUUACAAUAUAAAUGGCUCCUAGUUGAAUGGUUUAAAUAUUUUAAAAUAAUAAAACCAUGGAAUUCCAUUAUACCGAUCUUGGUAUGCAAUCGGAACAUAUAAUGGAAGAUCAAUUCCAAACAAAAUAUUCACAACCUUAUAUUCUGCGAAACCAAGAGGCAGAAUAUGAAGUUCGAAGUACAGUACUUGUUGAUGGUGGUGACCGUUAUGGUGUGUCAGCCUCUGUCUUUGACAAGUAUGAGGAAUUGGUAUGGAUGGGUAAUCAAGGGGGGCAUGUUACAUCUUAUUAUGGACCAAACUUGCAAAAAUAUACAUCAUUCCAAAUCCAUCAAACAGAAGAAGUAAGAGAUAUACUGACAUUAGAAAAAGGUAUAUAUUGUCUCACUAAAACAAGUUUAAGACACCAAAUAAGAAGAGGCAUACCUCAGCACACACAUAAAUCCUCAAAUAUGAUGGACAUGCAAUGUCUUUUUCAAGUAAACUCGCACAAGUUUUUGAUAGGUGGACACCAAGACAAACUCCUAGAAUUAGAUAUCAACAAGAUGACUGAGACUGUGAUAAAAGUACCAGCAGAUGGCUGUGCUGUACUACGGAGUGGAGGCGGCUCAUUAGUUGCAUGCGGCAGCGCCAAUGGCAUGGUGUCAUUGCGAGAUAUACGAAAUCCCGGUAAAGCGGAGCAUACGUUCAGAGCACACUCAGCCUGUCUCUCCGAUUUGGACAUGCAGGGAAAUCAUUUAAUUACAUGUGGAUUUACUCAAUCAGCUACCGUAGCAGUACCGGAACCUUAUGUAUUAGUAUGGGAUGUCAGAAGAGUUAAAGGCAAAGCGGCUUGGUCAAUACCAACUGUGUCUCCACCGUUGUUAUUGCACUUUGUACCAGCUGUGUCCGGACGGGCUGUGGCAUUGGCUGGGGAUGGACAUGUCACUUUAUUUCAUGUUAAUGAAGCCCAUGAAUCUGAGUACCAAUCUGUAUUUCAGGUGAAUACUCAAACUUCUCAAUGUAGUGUUAUGGACGUGUCUUCCACUAGUCAAGCUCUCGUAUUUGGCGAUCAGUCGGGACAUCUUCAUCUAUUCUCGGCUCAGCAUAAUCAUGAACCACACUUUAACAACUUUUCUAGGGCAACUGAAUUUGCAGACCCAGCACCAGAACUUCCAGUUGUCGGUUUUAACGACACCACAUUCCAAUUCUCAACCGUACCAUUGUCUCCUCUUGCAUCCGGCUCGAGGUGGUUCAACGAGUUGCCUCCGGACUUCUUUAAGAAAAUAUACAGAAAGCCAAAGCCAAUCGAUCCCGAAGUAUUAAAAACAAUGAAGAUGCAAGGUCCAAUCGGUUACGCGCCGAAUCCAAAGACUCAUAGACGAAAUGAGAUGCCGUAUGUCGAAGACAACCUUGAUAAUGUAAAAAAGAACGACGCUAGUAUUAGUAUACAACCGAUACCUAGACAUUAUUUAAAAAUAGAAAUUCGAUUCAAUAAAUUGUUACCAAGUGACGAAGAUAUUAUAGUAAAUAAAACUGGCUUUCCAGGCUUAGAAUCGACUAUGCCUAAUUCAUACUGCAAUGCAAUGUUACAGGUACUAUAUUACAUUCCACCACUGAAAGCUACACUACUGGCGCACACAUGCGCAAAGGAAUUUUGUCUCAGUUGUGAAUUGGGCUUCCUGUUCCGCACGCUGGACACGUCGGGCGGCGCGCCGUGCCAGGCGAGCAACUUCCUGCGCGCCUUCCGCACCGUGCCCGAGGCCGCCGCGCUCGGCCUCAUCCUGCCCGAGCGCGCCGAGCCUCGCGCCGACCUCGUCACGCUCAUACAGAGUUGGAACCGCUUCAUUCUCCACCAGAUACAUUACGAAAUACUAGAAACACGUAAAAAGGAGAAGGAAUUGACUUUCCUAGCACAAAAAACGAGUCCUCCCAAACCUCGAGUUAAUAAUACUAGGCAAAUGAACGGACAGUACGAGUAUCAGUAUAAUAACGAUCUUGAGUUCUUGGGACCUUCGGAAUACGAAGACGAGUUAGACGAGGAGCAGUGGCGUAAUAACCACGAUGAGGGUACGGCCGUAACGAAUCACGUUCAAAACGAAAGUAAUGAUUUACCGAAUAAGCGGCAAGCUGAUAACGAGGAGUCCGAAAUAUCGCAACUAUUCGCUAUUGGUCGGCAACAGGUCAACAAAUGCAUGAAGUGCAAUAAAGAGGAGGAGCGCGUGUCGGCGGCGCUGGCGUGCGCGCUGGCGUUCGCGUGCGAGGCGCGCGGCGGGUUCGCGGAGCUGCUGCGCGCGUCGCUGUGCGCGCGCCGCACGACGCCCGCCUGGUGCGAGCGCUGCGCGCGCUUCACGCCCACCGCGCAGCACGGCCGCAUACUCAGAUUGCCACCAAUCUUGGCAAUCAAUUGCGGCGGUGUGACCGCACAUGAAAAGGCUUAUUGGGCGAAGGGCAUCCAAAAGGAUGUGCCUGAAGCAUCAAAAAGAGCUGGAAUCAGUAAGCCGUGUCGUUAUGGCUUACACUGUGCGAGACCUGGCUGUCGGUUUAAACAUCCGGAGAGGUCAAUAUUAGCACCGCAAUUUCAUUCUCUAAAGAGUUCAACGCAAGAAAGCAACUGUGUGUUGCCGCAUCAAUUACACAUUCGACUGCAAUCCGAUGGCGAAGUUAUCAUAAAUGACAAGACUGAUUCAUCGACAGACCGACUACCGGAUAUUAACAAGCAUAAGAAGAAACCAGUCACCAUGAGAUCGGAACAGGACUACCACCUGUCCGCGGUGGUCGUGUGUGUGGAAGACAAUCCUAAGAAUUUAGUGUCGUACGUUCGGAUACCGGAUAAAAAGGACGAAGCUAGGUGGUUCUUGUUCAACGACUUGAGCAUAGUCCAAGUGAGUCCGGACGAAGUUGUCCAGUUCAGUAGCUGGUGGAAGUCUCCGUGCGUCCUGUUCUACACGAGCUCGCGGGUGAUGCUUCCUAGCGACACUGAAACCUCAUAGCCGAUGCUUAUGUAUGGGCCGAACAAUCAGGGAUGCAAUGGCCCAUACGAAAUGAACGGUAUCAACUACGAAUUACCAGCCGAAGAGACCUACUUAAUACGAUGAGCAUAUUAUAUAAAGUCUGACAGAAACUAAUAGUACGAAAUGUUAAGAAUAUUCUGGAAGUAGGUUAGUAGAUUAUUAAGUAAUUACUAGCAAAAUGGAGUAUAGCUUUUGAGGUAAUAGUUAUAUAGAUACGAUAUUUAUAUAGUUUUAAAACGAAUACGAAGCCGCGAUUGGACGAUUUAGCGGAAAACAUUUUUAUACAUGUUCGUAAUUGGUUAACGAUGUUAUUAAAUAUUGCGUUUGUAAAGGUGAUUUUUUUAUAAGUACAGGAUCUGUGUUGGCCGAUAGCAUUGCAUAGGAACCCUAUUAUAAUAAUCCUAAAAUGAAAAAUUAAGGACAAUUUUGGAAAAAUUAUGAGUAAAUAGAAAAUUACCAGACAAUUUUCUAUUAAGUGAUUUUUAUGUUCGUUAUUGUUCAUAAGGUCGGCACUACACUUGCCUAAACGUUGUCGCACAGUGAUAUCGCGUUGUUCGACCAAAUAUUCCAUACACGGGCUGAAUCUCAAUUAACUCAAAUAUAUCAAAAUAUUUGUUUAUUAACAAUUUAAUGAAAGUUAGAGCCGUGCGGUAUUAACUAAACUAAGUGUGGACGGUCAACGCGAUUGUUUGCCUUAUUCCUUUGAUGUUCCAUUUAAACACCGACAAUUAGACGGAAACAAAGAUUUGCGUUGUAGUAUUUUUACAGAUGAAGCAAUUAUUUUAAGUGACGGUAGAGCUUUGAACGACCCCGUCUCAGAAGGUACCACCCAAUCAUCACAUAUGCUAGUGGUAAAUAGCGAUACUCAGUUUGUUACGGUGUGAAGGGCGAAUGAGCCAGUUUAACUACAAAGGAUAUAACAUCUUAGUUUCCAAUGUUGGUAGAGCAUUGGUGUAAUAAGGAAUGGUUAAUAUUUCUUCCGGCGCCAAUGUCUAUGGGAUCCCCAUGGUGACAACUUACCAUCGAGUGAUCCAUUUGUCCGUACACCUAAUUAAUAAUAAUCAAAUAUGUUGUGCAGACAAUAAAUACAAAUACGAGAACACGUUACGCAAACUUAAGUGCGUCGCCUAAUGAAUCCAGCUUUGCAAAAAUAAAGCAUUCGCUAUACAUAACGACAGAGCUCGACUUGGCGAAGUCGAAAGCACAUUAAAACGCACUAGUUUGAAUCGCACUUAGUUGAGUUUAUUCGAAUACUCCAUUUUGCUAGAUCGAAUAAAAAGUUACUCUGAGGUUAAACGGUUCGAAGAUGUUUUGUCGCGCUUCAGAACAUUUAUUUUGUAAGCAACUUGUCGUCUCGGUAUAUAUUUUUAUACGGUCAGAACGCCUUUUAUAUGAAGCAAUAAACAUUUUAUAUGAACAAUAUGUUUUAUACCGAUCAACCGAGUGAACGGCAUUUGCUAAAAUAAAUAUUUUUUUAUUAUACGACAUAUACUGUUUGCGCGUGACUAUUUCGCCUCGGAGCGCUGAAGGUUUUUUAAAUUAUCGGUAAGUGAGAGUUCCAUUAAUCUAAGGCACAAAGAAUGGUAAUAUUUUUAAAUAUAAAUUAUUUAACGUAGGCGAGCUAGAGAUGCAUAAUUUUUUUCUUUGUUAAAAAUAAUUGUUAUAAAUUAUUGCCACGCGUUUUCAAAUGAGUACUUAAAUACUUUUCUAUGUCUGUGUCCAAUGAAAAAUUGUGGUAUAUUUUUUUUAAGAAUUGAUAAUUUAUCAACUUUUUACCAAUGAACAUAUCUAAAAGACAUUCUUAAUUAAACGACUACAAUUCAACAUUGAAUCUUCUGUCUCUUUCUAACGAAUUGGAAACUAUUUUUGAGAAGAAAGGAUGUCUAUACGUGAGUAAUGAUUAUAAACGAAAGAACAUUUUCUAGUAAUUGGCCUAAGAUACCAAAUUAGUUUAAAUGUCAAUUAAACAUUACCGACUUUACCUAUGAAUGUUGCUUUGGGUGUGAACGAAUUCUUUGUCCUCUUUUUUCGAACGUUAAAUCAACGAUGGCAGAAAGAGAUGUCAGUGUUUAACGAAACGCCACCUUUACGCCACAACAUUUAUAAUGGAGGCCGUACAUUUCUGUUAGUACGAUAUGUUUAUGGAAUAUAUUUGUAUCCCCAUUAUCUUCGGUUGUGAUACCUCAAACCUUGCAUUUUUUUUUUCAUCAACUGUUUUAGCUCACGGUACCCGCUUGUGCGCUAACAGUACAUUUUCAUGUUUAAAUUAUUUUCAACAUUUCCAUGGUGGCUGGUUAUUUUUUAUAAGAGAAAUAAAAUCUUAAAUCUGAUAUAA